UGCUCCAAAACACUGUCUGCCAACCGCCAGAUAAAAUCGACGAAGAAGAAGAAAAACGACGAAGAAGAAAAAGAAGAAGAAGAAGACGACAGAGCUCUGAUUUGAAGGUAAAUCUGUGAAGGAUCCUCUUCAGACUCGUUAGAUUACUAAACUCGGAUUAGAGGACGUCUUCGGAGGACAUGGACGUGAGCAUUGCCGUGUCCCUCAUCAGGGGCCAGAUGGGCACCGCCGUGGAGCAAGCGGUGAACGUGGCGGUGGAGACGGUGUUGGCGGAGAUGCUGAAGGUGGUCGGGGUGAAGUUUGAGGAGCUGAAAGCUCAGGUGGAUCUGAUGAAGAAGGACGUGGUGGUGCUCCAGAGGGAGAAAGCCCUGAAGGAGAAGGAGAACGACAACCUCCGAGCAAAGCUGCGCUACACUGAGCUCAAGCUCAAGUACUACCGGCAGGGGGUGGAGGAGGAGCUGCAGCAGAGGGCCUCGGCCCUGGCCCACGUCCACCCUCUCACGCUUGCCCGGACGCAGAGCGGGGCGGCCAGCGUCUCUCUCACUGAGCCAUUUCCAUCGCGCUCUGCUCAGAAAGCUGCUGAUGGAGCGCAGAGGUGGUGCAGUCAAGGUUUAUGUCUUAAGUCCCAGAAUGCACCUCUUCAGAGAUGA